GGGCUUGGCGCCCAUUUGUAGCAACCCCUUUUGCUUCACUUAAGUUUACAUUUUUUGGUUCAAACACCAGUCUUUGAUUGUCCUUUCUGUUUGUUUUUGCAAUGGCUAACUCCAUUUUUGGACCGGAUUAUCAAAGCAAAGCCUUUCAUUUGUUGGGUCUCUUUGUUUUCAUGCUGCUGAUUCAGAAUGGUUAUGCAAGGGAAUUCACAGUGAACUGGGGUCUUCACAAUGGCAGCUAUGCAGAAAAUUAUAACCAAUGGGCAGAAAGAAACAGAUUUCAGAUUGGAGACUCCAUUGUGUUUGUCUACCAACCGAACAAUGAUUCAGUGCUUCAUGUAACCGCGGAGGCCUACAAAAACUGCAGCACAGAGGCACCGAUCUCCGACUACAAGGAUGGCCACACUGUUUUCUCAUUGAGCCGUUCGGGGCCUUACUAUUUCAUCAGUGGAAACCGAGAUAACUGUGAAAAGAAUGAGAAAUUGGUGAUUGUCGUCUUGGCUGAUAGAAGCAACGGCUCUUCAAGCACAAACGAAACCGCCCCUCCUUCUCCUCCGCCUUCAGGCUCAACCAACUUAAUGCCAUCUCCGGCCCCCUCUGGCGAGUCUCCACCCGCUGGAACAGUUGAGAUUAACCCGACACCAGCACCAAGCAACGAGGGUAAUCACAAAAACGCAGCCUCUUCAGUCUUCACGAGUGUUGCUGGUUCAAUUGGAGCAUUUGUUGCUUCAACUCUUCUUCUAGCAUUCUAAGAGGAAGAAUUUCCAUGAUGAAUUAGAUUUCUUAAUUUCUUGAAUUCUUUUUUCUGAUUCUAUUGGGUUUUUCUUCUUCUUUCUUUUUUUGACAUUUUUCUUUCUUUGUUCUUCCUCAGCUUAUGUUCACUAUGGUCAACUGUGUUUUUUUUUUUCCUGACAACUUAUUGUCAAAACUAAAGGAAUAAGGUGAUAGAUGUAUAGUACUUGGUGUGCUUGUUUGUAAACAGAGAAAUAAAAAUGGAUUGUAUACUGUGUGGAUACUGCU